CCUUGCUGAUCCGUGCGCAAAUGCAUUCCGAUCCGUGCGCAAAUGCAUUCCGAUCCACGCGCAGCUUUCGUGCUCCGAUGCCACACACAAAGGAACUGAAUACCAAGAAGAGUCAAGCUGCAGGAUUCAUGCAGCUGUAGAGAGUGACCAUGUGACCCUCACCAGGAAGGAGCGGACAGUGAGUCAGAGAUCCGAGCUGCAGCGCAAUGUCUUGCAGACUUCUCACUCUGUGUCAGUACGAGACAAACAAACUGGUCCGAAUAAACAGCGUGAGACUCGGUUCGCUGAAAUGGACGCUGAACGUGGUGAUCUUAAUGUUCAUCUGUAUCAUGAUGCUGUGGAACAAGCAGUACCAGGAGUUGGACCCUGUUGUGAGCUCCGUCACGGCAAAGCUGAAGGGGGUGGCGCUGACCCAGGUUCCCGGGCUGGGGGAUGUAGUCUGGGACGUGGUGGACUACAGCGGUCCAGCUCAGGAAAAGAAUUCAUUCUUCGUGGUGACGAAUGUGAUAAUAACAAAGAACCAGAAGCAAGGAAAAUGUGCUGAGGUUCCUAGGGAGGACAAGGUCUGCCAGACGGAUAAAGAUUGUUCGAAAGGAGCCUGGGACCAGCAUAGCCAUGGAGUGCAGACGGGCGCCUGCGUGAAGUUUGACGUGAGGAGGAAGACCUGUGAGGUAUCGGCAUGGUGUCCUGUCGAAACUAGGAGCAAUCCUCCCAGGCCAGCUCUCCUGGCGGCAGCAGCAGAGAACUUCACCGUCCUCAUCAAGAAUAACAUCCGCUUCCCCGCCUUCAACUACGUCAGGAGGAACAUUCUCCCCCAGAUGAAUGACGCCUAUCUGAGAGGCUGCCACAGGGGGGAUGACGCCCUGUGUCCCAUCUUCCGUCUGGGCGACAUCGUUCACCAGGCCAGGGAGGACUUCGCAGUGCUAGCUGUGGAGGGGGGCGUGAUUGGCAUACAGAUCAACUGGGACUGUAACCUGGACCGCCUCAUGGAGCGAUGCCUUCCUAAGUACUCCUUCAGACGGCUGGAUGAGAAAGAGAGCAACCGAACCCUCUACCCCGGCCUCAACUUCAGGUUUGCGCGGUACCACAGCGAGAACGGAGUAGAGAUGCGCACGCUGUACAAAGCGUUUGGAAUCCGCUUCGACGUCAUGGUGUUUGGAAAGGCAGGGAAAUUCAGUUUCAUUCAGCUAGUGGUCUACAUUGGAUCGACACUGUCGUACUACGCCCUGACGACCAUCUUUAUCGAUUGGCUGAUCGGGACCAGCUGUUACAAAAUGGAGGCCCGACAGAACUACUCGGAGCGCAAGCUAUACCCAUGUCCUGGGUCCUUGUUCCAGUGCAUCCUCUCUGUGUCGUUCGUGGACGAGGACCAACUCCGCCUUGUCCGGAAGUCGCGGAAGAAGAGUCUGCAGAACGUCAAGCCCUUGUCUGUGCUCCCACGCAAGGAGAACAACGGAAGUCACCUCAGAGCCAUGCUGGAGCUGCCAAAGCAAGGCAGCACCCCAAAAUUGACGCCCGUCAACGGCCAUGGCUCCAAGCCCUUGCCCCAGCGCGGGCCAGGUGAGCCGGUGUGGUGCCUGUGCGGUGGCUGCAGUUCCACUCCCCUCCACCAGGAGGAGCUGUGCUGCCGGAGGUCCAGGGGACCAUGUAUCACCUCCUCUCCUCUGUUUCAUCCCCUGGUGCUGAGCCGCCCCCUGCUGGAGGCUCUGCUGCGGUACCGGGACCCACUGGGUGACCCGGCCGGCUCCACCGACGCCCUCCGCCACUGUGCUUAUGAGCAGUACAUCGCCUGGAGGCUCGGGGUCCCGCCGGCCGACAGCCACCCGGUCGUCCCCCGCUGCUGUGUAGACAAGAUCAGGGCGGAGUUUCCCAGCUUGGACGGAGACUACAAGGGCUUCAGGCCCAGAUAACCCAGAUAACCCUGUUUAACCGGCUUCAGGCUCAAACAACACUGAUUAACUGCUAAAGACUAACACACAUUGGCCCGCUGAACAGCAGCAGUGAUUUGUGAUGCCCUAACAACACUAACACUAUGGAUUAUGGAGGGAUUUAAUAGAAACAAUCAAAUCUUUUCAAUUCAAUUUGCCUCAGUUUUAAAGAUGCUGAAUUGUAAAGACAAGAAGCCUGUGGUUGUGCUGGGCAGCUCCCAGUGUCCACCAGUUAAAGCCUGUGCUUGUACUGGGUAGCUCCCAGUUUCCACCACUUAAAGUCUGUGCUUGUACUGGGUAGCUCCCAGUGUCCACCAGUUAAAGCCUGUGCUUGUACUGGGUAGCUCCCAGUGUCCACCAGUUAAAGCCUGUGCUUGUACUGGGUAGCUCCCAGUGUCCAACUGUUAAAGCCUGUGGUAGUGGGCAGCAUUCAGUUUCCAUCAAUAGAAGACUAGUUGUACUGCGCAGCUCCAAAUUCUACCAGUAGAAGACUGGUUGUACUGGGCGCCUCAUUUGUGAGCCAACAAUCUGUAUUUAUCCUACUAGGUCACUCUCAGUGAGGUACAAUACAAUCGUUAAUAUGUUGUUUUAUCAUUUGGCAUGUUGGGCAUGCAUUUGUGUGUGCAAGUGCGCUCAGCACGUGUUACAAUAUUCGGGCAACUAUCUACAGAAUUGUUGAAAGGCUUAUGUUAUUUUGUGUUUGCAUUGGUUAAAGGCCUUCUGUAACUAUUGAUGGUUAGUGUAUCAUUCAUCUAAAUAGGGUAAUGUGCUUUCGUCCUGUUCUUUGAAUAGGAGGAGAAAGUGGUUCACGUAAACUGAAAGUUACUUUGUGAUCUUGCUUCUUUCUUUCGGAAGGUGGAGAGAGUAGAAUUGCUAGAGCCGCAGUAUUAGUGGGAAAUUAAAGAGAGAUGCCAACUAUUGUACUUAGAAGUUGUUAGCUCAUUUGUUUUCCAAUUCACAUGUACUAAAGUUCACCAGAAUGAAGGACAUAAAGUCUUUGCAGUGACAUUUCUUUCUGGAAGGAGAUCCUAGACAACCUGCAUAAGAAGGUGGCCUGUCUGGGCAUUAUCAAGUGUUAUACUGUAUUUAAUGGCCUGAAUGAUAUUCCCAGUUCAGGCAUGACUCAUUGCAUCAUUAGCUAUUUGUUAAACAUAACAGAACACGGUUGGUUGUUCAUCCAAAUUCCCUUUAGUGCGUAGCACUUUAAGGCCGUGUUAGGCUGAGCAGCCCGUUUUAGCUGGGAAACGGUGCUUGGUUUCAUCGACUAUAUCUGGUCAGUUCUGUCCUCCCUACAACCGAAAGGCCAUUUACCAUCUCUUAAGCUUACUUCCCGUGAGCUUCAUAUGUCAGUUUACAUUUUCAGCUGCGAGAAGAAGAAGAACAACAAUGAUGGCAACGAUGAGGAGGAUGACUAUGGAGUUUUUUAAUAAUUUGGCAAAGCGAAGCAAGUUGUGGAAACAGAUAUCCCUCCCUUUCUUUUGAAUGAUAGGUUACCUAACACCUUCUCUGAACCUGAGAUGUCUCAUGACAUACAUCCUCAUUAAAAAGCCACAAUUUGCCUCAAUUAUAUCCACUUAUUCGAUUUUACAUUUAUAAUGGCAUAAUGAAUCUGCUAAGUUGAGUCUAAAACACAUUGUUACUUAAAACAUCUUUAUCUAUUAAAAAAUUGUUUUUUUUUAAUGGUUUUAUUGUAUUUUAAUGCCCUUAUUUAUGUAUGUUUACCCUUGGUAAUUUCGUUGAAGAGAAUGGGUCUCAGAUUAGUUCUUGGGAAAAGUAUGAAACUAGAAAGGUUUUCGUAAAAUAUUACGGUACGUGCACAAAAUAAAUUAAAUUAAGUUUUA